CCCAGACAGACCCGCCGUUGCAGGGUGACUACUUCUCCCUCCUCCAGCGACUGAAAGAGGAGACUUACAUGUACAAACAGAACAAGGAUCUGAAACAGGUACAGAGCAGGAUGCCAUGGUCUAAGCAACAGCCUCACUCUCCACCUCUGGCCAGUCCUCUUCCCAGAGGCCCUAGCAGCAGAGUCCCACCACUUCCUGGAGUUCCCAGUAGCAGCAGCAGGGUUUUAGCGUCGGGUCGUACCCAGCGUGGACUGAGCCAGCACUCCAGCCACAGGAUGGCGUCCUCCUCCCAGAAGACUAAACACACCCCUGCCAUCAUCAAGGGCCAUCGCCACUUAAGCUACGGAGGAUCCGUCCCACCUGAGAACAUCACCAUUCAACAGUUUUAUGACCUUACACCUACCAAGAAAAGUAACGUCCGCCUCAACGACCAGCUUAUACCAAAACCAACGGACAUCAACAUCGCAGAGAUAAUGAUAAAGGUUCCAAUUCCAAAAGAACAUCCGUAUCAGGCCCACAUCUCCCGCUUCGCCCUGUUCCCAACGUUCCGCUCACCAGACGACCCCGACACAGGCGUGAGAGCUGCGUCCCUACGACCCCUGAACCCCCUCAUCCCGUCCUCUGCUCCAGAGAUCACCGUGCUGAGAAAGACAAAAGGAGGUCCUUAUCGUCAUGAGGUACUGGAGGCACCCAUGACAACCAGGAAGAAAACCAUCUCAUGGCCAGGACAACAUGGCUUCCUGGAUCACCCCAAGCCAGUUAAGGGCGAGGCCCAGACCCAGGUAUUCUACCCCAAGUCCCAGAAGACAGUGUUUCCCAACCCCACAUUGCGUGACUGGGACGUCACGCUGUCUGAACGAACAGCCAACAUGCUCCGCAACGUGGAGAAGUCCCACUGGGUCACCUCCUACCAGUUUCACUACACAGGCACUGGGUCUACUAAUCCCUGGAGGUUGGAUGACUACCAUGAGAACACCGUUGACAUGAUCACUGGGAAGAUGACUCCCUACACAACACAGCUGAGGGAGCGAUCCCACCCCGUCCUGCUGCCCCCUAAACCACGAGACGGGCGCAAGGCCAGAAUACGCCAGGGCCGUCAUAUGGUGGAGAGCACCUACCACCCUCCUGUCACUGCCCCAGCAGCAGAGUCCCACAGCACAGACCAGACUUCCACACAGAAUCACCCUGCUGGGCCUCUGGGAACUAUGUCUGGUCACCAAAGUCAUCGGGAGAUAAAGGGGAACCCUUCUACUCAGGACGGCCAUCCCAACAACAGCCACGGCCACUCAGAGCUCAGUCUAGCCAGGCCUGGGGCUGGAGAUGUGUCUGGGCUGGAACCUGCUCAGGUGUCUGGCUAUGUGUUCCCUGGUCACCACCUUCAAGAUCAAGGCUCCGGGUGUGAGAGGUGUGGGGAGGAGAGGUGUGGGGAGGAGAGGUGUGGGGAGGAGAGGUGUGGGGAGGAGAGGUGUGAGUGCCAGGUCAAGGAGGUCAGAGAAGGGCUCCAUCACCCAGGGCCAGGGGCAUCAGACCCCCAGCAGAGCAGCCAGGCUCCCAGAGCCUCUCUGGAGAAGGUCACAGACACAGAGAGCUCUCUGGCCUUGUACAGCCGCCAGCUGCCCCAUUCUCCCCUGAAUGAGACCACAGAGGUCACCAAAGAGAAUAACACCCAGAGAGAGGUAUGGUACGAGGACGUUCCUCGCAGCAAGAAGCAGAGCUACACAGCAUCAGGGGGUAACCUGUUCAGCCUGAGCCAGCCAGCUCCAGCAUUGGCUACUAACAACACAGGGGCGGCAUAUGAAUCUGAGACGGAGCUGUCUGCUGCUGAUCUGGUCUCUCCCAACAUCCGUAACUGGCGUUCUGGCGGGAAUUUAGUUCUGGGUUCUGAGAUGACUGUCAAUCAGACCCUUGAAGAACAGGAUCGGGAGUGGCAGAACAGAGAGAUCCCCAUCCCACGCAGUAUCUCCAACCCCUGUAUCCAACCCCGUCCACAUGCCCUGCCUUCCACCCACCCAGGGGAGAGGGGCCGGUGCCAGCUGGCCCUGUUGGAGCUCCAGGACUCCUUCAGUAAGUCGGAGGCCCAUCAUCUCUUCCACAGCUCCCUCCAGGGGGGCGCGGUCAACCUGCAGGACAAUGUACACACCGGGAGAAAGCACCGCUUCUACGGAUUCAACUCCUUCUAUUUCCACAACUGAGCACUGCAUUGUAGACCUACCACUAUGCCCACAGUCUGUAGGGAGUGGAAGACAUCAGAGGGCUUAGUGAGUUGAAUGGGUCUACGGUCUACAACGUUAUCUCUUCAUGAUGGGAAAUCCAACCAUAUACUGUUGCUUACUCAAAGCUACUGACACGGUUUGCUUAUGAUGUCUGUCUUAUCAUGUCUGUCUUAUCAUGUCUGUCUUAUCAUGUCUGUCUUAUCAUGUCUGUCUGUCUUAUCAUGUCUGUCUUAUCAUGUCUGUCUGAUGUCUGUCUGAUGUCUGUCUUAUCAUGUCUGUCUUAUCAUGUCUGUCUUAUGUCUGUCUUAUCAUGUCUGUCUUAUCAUGUCUGUCUUAUCAUGUCUGUCUGUCUUAUCAUGUCUGUCUUAUCAUGUCUGUCUUAUCAUGUCUGUCUGUCUUAUCAUGUCUGUCUGAUGUCUGUCUGAUGUCUGUCUUAUCAUGUCUGUCUUAUCAUGUCUGUCUUAUCAUGUCUGUCUUAUCAUGUCUGUCUGAUGUCUCUUAUGAUGUCUAUCUUUCCAUGUGCAGAUGGUUCUAAUAAAAUC